CCUCCGCAUAACGCCUCUGGAGUUUGAAUCCUCUGCUAAUAAUUAUACGGAUUAACCGAAUCGCAACCCGAAAUUCACACCAUCUAGCUCUGCGAAUCCUGACACCACUGCAUCAAUUCGGUCAAGGCUUACCUACCACACCCACCUCAUAGACGAUGGCCCCCCUUGUCCCCGUUUUCCACGCCGAAACCCUCCCUGAGCACGUCAACAUCUCGACCAAGAACUUCCAAGAGAAGCGUCGCAAAGGCGGCCCCGUCGAUCUGGAGAAAUGCCAGCUGCUGGAGAUGGUACAAUUCUCGUGUAAUCCUCCUCAGGGCGGGAUCCCAAAGCCUGGUGUCAUCGUCUGUCAACCGGUUGUGCGCCUGUUUCGAAGAUGCGCCGGAGGAUUGACCGUCGAGACAACCGCAUGGGAACCAAUAAGGCUUCAAAAGGAGGAAGAAAAGCGGAAACGGGCCGUCACUGCAGAGAAGGCCGCGAAGGCAUGAAAUGUACAAUGAACAUUGGUCUGUAUCGCUAGCAUUGUAUGCGGAGUUGGAGUGCGGGGAUUCUGGCGUUAUUUGGGUGAGAAAUUAUGUGGAUGGUCACUGAUUAGCCA